CGUUCGUCAGGGAAGGUUCGUAGUACGACUGUGUUGCUAUGGGUCGGAGGAGAGCCCCAGGUGGUGGAUCCUUGGGACGGGCACUUAUUCGCCAUCAGGCUCAGCGGAGCCGUAGCCACCGUCAUACUGACUCCUGGUUGCACACAAGUGAACUCAAUGAUGGCUAUGACUGGGGUCGUCUUAAUCUUCAGUCUGUGACUGAACAGAGCUCCCUUGAUGACUUCCUUGCAACUGCAGAACUUGCAGGAACAGAGUUUGUGGCUGAGAAGCUUAAUAUUAAGUUUGUGCUUCCUGAGGCUAGAACUGGACUACUGUCUUUUGAGGAGAGCCAGAGAAUUAAGAAACUCCAUGAAGAAAACAAACAGUUCCUAUGUAUACCAAGGAGACCAAACUGGGACCAAGGGACUACUCCAGAAGAACUCAAACAGGCAGAGAAAGAUAACUUUCUAGAAUGGAGACGUCAGCUUGUCCGGCUAGAAGAGGAACAAAAGCUGAUGUUGACUCCAUUUGAAAGAAAUUUGGACUUUUGGCGUCAGCUCUGGAGGGUCACUGAGAGAAGUGAUAUUGUGGUCCAGAUAGUAGAUGGUCGUAACCCUCUCCUGUUUAGAUGUGAGGAUUUGGAAUGUUAUGUAAAAGAAAUAGAUGAUGAUAAGGAGAAUGUUAUUUUGAUAAAUAAGGCCGACUUGUUGACUGCAGAGCAGCGGAAUGCUUGGGCCACAUACUUUGAAACAGAAGGUGUGAAGGUUAUAUUCUGGUCAGCUUUGGCUGAAGCCAUUCAACUGAGUGGUGACACUAAGGAACAAGUAAAUGGAAAUCCUGGAGAAGUCAGUUCAACUGAGUUGGAAAACUCUGAGUUUGAUGAGGCUGAGAUGGAACAUCUCCCAGGCAGAGAUUCUCUCUCAGUUAGUGAAGAUGCCUCCAGUGAUGAAGAUGACAGUGAGUAUGAGGACUGUCAGGAGGAGGAAGAAGAAGAAUGGCAGACAUGUUCAGAAGAAGACCUUGAUGAAGAGUUUUGUGACCAGGGCUGGAAGAAAAGCUGUACUGCUGAUUCUGAGGUGCAGGGCAGGAAAACUCCACAGAAGAGGCAGAUGCACAAUUUGAGCCACUUAGUAUCAAAGCAGGAAUUACUGGAGAUCUUUAAGCAGCUGCACACUGGGAAGAGGGUGAAAGAUGGGCAACUUACCAUUGGACUGGUGGGCUACCCUAAUGUUGGUAAGAGCUCAACAAUCAACACCAUCAUGGGCAACAAGAAAGUGUCUGUGUCUGCCACACCUGGUCACACCAAGCAUUUCCAGACUCUGUAUGUGGAGCCAGACCUCUGCUUGUGUGACUGCCCGGGUUUGGUGAUGCCAUCCUUUAUCUCUACCAAGGCAGAGAUGAUUUGUAGUGGUAUCCUACCAAUAGACCAGAUGAGAGAUCACAUCCCACCUGUAUCACUAGUUUGUCAGAAUAUUCCAAGACAUGUUUUAGAAGCUACCUAUGGAAUUAAUAUCAUAAAGCCUAGAGAAGAUGACGAUCCCCUUCGACCUCCAACAUCAGAAGAAUUGCUGACAGCUUAUGGAUAUAUGCGAGGAUUCAUGACGGCACAUGGGCAGCCAGACCAACCUCGAUCUGCACGAUAUAUCCUGAAGGAUUAUGUCAAUGGUAAACUGCUCUACUGUCAUCCUCCUCCUGGAACUGAUCCUGUGACCUUUCAGCAUCAGCAUAAGCGAUUCCUAGAGAACAAGAUGAAUGGCAGUGAAAUAAAAGUGCAGCGAGGCAGAAGUAAAAGAGUAAAACAGAUUGAAAAUGUGGUUGACAAAAGCUUUUUUCAUCAAGAGAAUGUGAGAGCUUUGACCAAAGGAGUUCAGGCUGUGAUGGGCUACAAGCCUGGGAGUGGUCUGGUGACUGCAACUACUGUGAGCUCAGAGAACGGGUCUGGGAAGCCUUGGAAAAAACAUGGCAAUAAAAAUAAAAAAGAGAAAAGUCGUAGGCUCUACAAGCACCUGGAUAUGUAAGCUUGGGCUACAACAGAAGUGGCAUCUGCAUUGUGCAGCUAGAAAAGGACAGAAGCUACUUGCCUGUGGAACUUUCCCAGGACACUGGCACUACGGAACGGGCCUUGCUGUCAGGGAGCAAGGCCGCACCCAGCACGCUUGAUUUGAAGACUGAGGGGCUCCUUGAGACACCACCUCUGACUAAAGUAGUCACCUUGGAGUCUCAGAAACUUCCUCCUACAGAAGUCUAGACUGAAGAGUGAAUGGAGGAUGGACUGAUACAUAUUUGUGUAAACAUAUACACAAAUUCAUACUAAUUUGAAAAGAUAUUAAAAUAAAAUGGCCGCUAACAAAUGUUUUAUUGGUUUAAGUAGAGAACUGCCAAUAGGAUAUACUACAUCCAUUCUUUUAACAGCUUUAAUUUUCAAAGAUGUAACUGGGGGUUUAGAUGGAAUCUUUUGAGUACAUUGUUUAGAUUAGUGGUACUCAGUUGGGUGGGUUAUAUCUAAACCCAACACACACCUACAUGCACUCCUGAUAGGGCAGAGGAAAUAUCACAUCUUGAGGUGUGGGUGAAUAUCUGGAGUUUUAAAAGCUUGGGGAGGGUGACCUAUGUUGAAAGAUGGUGCUCCUCCAUCUGUAACAUCCUACUUGUAGUCCUUCCUUUGAUCUUAGAGAAACUGGGCGGCAUACAAAGCACGUGAAAGAAGCACUGGCAUGGGAAAAUAUACUGUGUUCCAUUUACUGAAAAACAGGCACACAUAUGGCAGAAACAUAGCAAAUGGACAAAGUGUGUAUUUACUUAGAAUGACUUGCUUUAAUGGGUGAUAAUAGCUAAAACAUGAGACUUUAAUCAUAUGUAGUACUUUUGUGCCUUUGAUAUUUAAUGUUCAAGAAAGUUGGAACAAUUGUGAAUAGUGUCUGGCAAUUUUCUAGCAAGAUCUCUUAACAUAGUAAGAGAUCUGCCUCUGUGUAGAUGCCGCUCAUCCCCAUCCCACAACCUGUAAGGCCACCCUCUGAGCCCCAGUGGAGAGUUCCCAUGCAUGCUGACGGCCUCCAACUUCAACCCCUGUGUUUUUGUUUUUCUGCCUGAGAAUUUGGCUCCUGCCCCACUGGAGCUUGCUCAACUUUUACAUGGGGGCAGUCUGGAGCAACCGUCAACCUGUAAGGAACCAGGGGCUGGUUUGUAAAAAUUCCAGCCUCCCUGACUCUUGGUGGGUUCACUCUACUCAAAAGAUCCUCAGUGGAGCUGGGUAGGUUACCACAGCUGGAACCAUCUCAUUAACUCACCCUUGAUUAUUCUUCUCUUCCUGUCUCACUUUUUCCUCUCCCUUACUUCUGCUUUCUAGAAUUGCCUCCCAAAGAAAUGGAAUCCAAAUCCUUUGCUUAGGGUUUACCUUUGGGGGAACCCAAUUAGUAUAUUUACCUUUGCUUCUGCCAAGAAAGUGUAUUGUUAAGCAUCCCUUGCAAUUUUUAAGUAUUCCCACCCUUGUAGAGGUUGGUACUCUAAAUUCUUAAGAAUUGCAGUCAUUAUUGUUUCACUUUAUUGUUAGAAUUUUUCCAACAUUUAUUGUAAGGAAUACACCGCCCUUUUUAAGUCUAACUUGCUAUCCAUCUGUCAUCUAUUUGCUUUUCAAGGAAAUUAGAAGGAAGUUGAAGUGUUUGUCAAGAGGCUACUAGCAACAACAUAUGCUUGCUUUGUGGGUAAGCCUGGAAAAUUUGGCAGCAAGCCAGAGAUCUCUAUCACCUUGUGAAAAGCCCUUUCCACUAUUGUCUUUGUGGAGAAGUGAAGAAAAUCAAAAUAUUUCAAGCAAGCUCUUGAUUUCAAAAAUUUCACCCUUAAUGACCAAUUGUCAUGUAUUGUGUUCAAUGUACUGUGUCAAAUUGAGGAUGAAAAGGAGUAUAUACAAAAAGAAAAGAACUUGCAUUCAAAAGACUCUCCAGUAUAAAGGGAAAACAAUUUUAACAAUGUAAAAGCAAAGGGCAUAUAUGUAAGUGAAAAAUGCUUAGCAUGCAGUAGAUUGAAUUAAUUUUUAAUACUUUUUAUUGAAGUAUAUUACAUAUAUUGAAUGUACAUAAAUCGUAAGUGUACAGGUAACAGAGUUUCCACAAAUAUUAGUGCAACCAGCACUCUGAUCAAGGCACAGAGUAUGAAGAGUCCCCCAGAAGCCCAAUUUGUACUACUUUCCAAUAACCACUUACCCUCCCAAGGGUAACCACUAUUCGGAUGUUUUCACCUGUCAUAUUAUCUGUAAACAGAAUCUACAGUAUACAUAUUGCAUCUGACUUCCUUAUCGUUGUGAGAUUCAUCCAUACUGUUGCGUGUAGUAGUAGAUCAUUCUCAUCGCUAUGUAAUACUCUAUUUUUAAAUAUAUCACAAUUUGUCCAUUCUACCGUUGAAGGGUAUGUGGACUGGCUUGCAGUUUUGAGUUUUUAAGAAUAGCACUACUGAGGACAUUCUAGUAUAUCGCUGUACAGUAGCGCUCUCUGCUACAAUGGAAAUGUUCUGUAGUUUUUGCCGCCCAAUAGUGUAACCACAGUCAUGUGGCUAUUAAGCAUUCAAAAAGUGGCUAACUGAAGAACCAAAUUUUUAGUUUUACUUAAUCCCAAUUAUUUUAUAUAUAAAUAGCUAUAUGUGGCUAAUGGCUACCCUACUGGACAGCGCUAUUUUAGUACAUGUUUUAAGUGAACACAUGUACCCAUCUCUGUGGGGUAUAAAUCUAGAAAUAGAAUUGCUGGGUUAGUGGAGUAUGCAUAUAUUCAGAAUUGGGAGACAUUCAGUGAAUUUUACUUAAAUUCCUUCUUUAUAUGGAUCUAUAGGAAGUAUGAAGAAGAAAUAUAUACUGCUCUAGAUGUGUCAUUUUUUGUCAUAGGGGCUGAAGUUGAAUUUUGGUGGUAAAGAAUUUGCCUGGAUAUUCUGGACUUGCAGUCUUCACUGAAGUUGUGGUAAGGUAGAUGGGAUUUAUACUGUUACCAUUCAUUUGUAUGUCUUUCCUCCCAGAUAUUUGAUUCUAGGGAACUUUCCUCCUUGGUGCCAGUGCAUCUGAACUAGCACUUGACUCAUAGGUCAAGAAGAUCAUCUCAAGCUUUUUCCAUUUGUUUAGUUGUGGGGCAGGGGACUUUGGGGAACUGACAGUAAAAAUGAAAUAUUUGCAAAUCUACAGUAUACUUUUGUUCUCUCAGUGAGAUAUAGCGAGUUUCCUCCAUUCUGUUGCUGGUAAUUAAUGGCCCAGGGUCCUCACAGGGGUUCCAUGACAGUCCGGAUCUGGGUAUGUUCUCCCUUCUCCAACUGUCUCCAGUGCUUAGGCAACAUGGCUUCUAGGAAGUGUUCCACUUUACUCAGCCCUGCUCCUGAGCUUUGGGGAAAUGACCCACUGCUGGCUAAGACUCAGGAAUUCCUGAGUUUCUUCUCAGGGGCCACAGAGAACAAGCAAGUUCUGCCAGCAUUCAGGAAUGUGGCUAGACAGACUUAAAAGUAAAUAUGUCCUUUACUCUUUGUCCCUCCAUAAUCUCAGCCUCUUAAACCUUCAUUUUGCUCUUCUCUAUUCUUUUGUCUAAAUUACUUUGUUAAGGUUUCAGGAAUGCUGAAGGUAGAUGCUAAAAUGUUAAAGUGACUACAGUAAUGUUUUCUAGUGUGUUAACUAGCUAUUGAAUAUCUUCCAGGACAGAACCAGAACCAAACAAUUUGACUUGUAUAUUCAGAAUAACAUAGUUGAAAUUGCUGUGGCUGUUACUGGAUUGAUUUGGAAGCAGCAGCCAUGGAAUCGAGAGAUUUUAGAAAAUUUUUGGAAAAUGCUUUUCAAAAAACUGAGAGCUGAAGCCUUGUUUUGGGUACUUAUUGUCAUCUCUCUUUGAUUGAAAUAGGCUUUCAACUUUUAUUUUCUUGGUUUCUUAGUUGUCAGAGAAUGAAAAAGUGAAAUAACAUAGAUCAUUUUAGGAAAGCAAAAUACAUUUUUGGAAUUUUUUUUCCAAAAGGCAUGAUGACAGACGUGGGCUAUGUCUGUUGCUAUAAAGGUCUUCAUGCAGUAUACUUGGCAGCUAUUUGUACUCACACUAUUUCUUUGCUUAAGACCCAGUGUCUGAAGAAUUGAACCCAGCACUUCUAAAGUAUCUUCUGGAGACCAUUGCUACUCAGAUUUUAACGUGGGUACAGAUCAGCUGGAGCUCUUGCUAAAAUGCAGAUUCUGAUUCCAUAAGUCUGGGUGGGGCCUGAAAUUAUGUAUUUCUAAUAAGCUCUCAGGUGAUGUUGAUCCUGAUUGUCCAGGGGCCACACUGAGUAGCAAGCUUGCAGUUGUCUAAGGAAGUUAACUGCCAAUGAUAACUACAGCUAACUCCUGACAUAAUCAAAGGGGAGAAUGGGGAGAU